AUGCACGACAAGCGUCCGCAGGAGGAACUAAUGAUUGAUUUUACCGCUCACGUAGAUGUGCCUGAAAGGAACACAUCGCAACCUCGCGAUGUAGGUGCUCAUGUUCAAGAGUUGGGCCGUGACGACACGAACGAGCACAUCGACCUCACUGAAGAUUCGGCAGUAGCAUCGUCCGGUCAAUUUCCACGUUGA